GAAUGCGAAGCACUUGUUCACGUGAUCUAAGUUGGAAGGACAAAUAGUUUUAAAAGUUUUGCCAUACUUUAUGUAUUUGUUUGAAGAAAACAUAAAUAACUUUAAGAGAUAUGGCUAAAGGUUCGGUUCCGAUGCGUGUCAGAAGGAGACAAUCAGAUGCCAAGUGGAGGGCCAGCGUCGCCACGUGUUACGAUACGCUCAAGUCCAUCAUUCCUAAUAACGAAAAAAUGUCCAAAAGAAAAAUAUCCAAGGCUUAUGUUCUUCAAGAGACAGAAAAACACAUUCAAAACCUUGAAAGAACACUCCAAGAAAUUUUGGACCAGAAAGUGAAAAUGAAGAAUAGAGCAGCUCUGUAUAAGACAGAGCAAGGAUUGGUGGAAGCAAAUGUGAUGGAUCUAAAGAACCACUUCUCUCUCAAACAACAGGAACUCUAUCUGCAGAACUACGCCCAGCGUAAGAGAAGUCGAUGUAACGUACCCUCGGACAUGGAAUCUGGAUUGGUCAACAUGAGAUCAUCUUUUUGUAACCUGAUGGUGUUACCUGCUGAGUGCCUAAAGACUGACCUCCUACAGGUCAAUGUUUCUCAGGUGGAUGAGGCAGAGGUCCCCACGGUCACAUCCUGUGAACCACAAAAUUCUGCAGAAGCAGAUCUACCCAACAAGAUGGAAAAACUGCCUCCAAAGAGGGACUCAUCCCCCCAUACCUCAGAGGGGAUGUCCUACAACAAAGAAUCCUACUUCUAUAGCAGCCUUCCUCUAGAUCAGCACACCACGGUGCUUCUACCCAGAUCUGACCAUGACAUUCCUCAUCACUUCUUUAUGACCACACCUAUCAAGGAGAUUCCUACGUACAGAACCGUGCCCGUCCACCAGAUCCUGACGGAGCACUUUAUCAGCCCGCCCCCUGGGAUACGCACCUUCUGCGGCCGACCGCUGGACAGGACUCCCUCCGCAGAAAGAAGGGGGAAAUCUAAAACUCCGACAGAGAAAGUGAUUCGUAAGAUGCAGUUUGACACUAAGGGAUUUACACCUGUCAAGUUACCUGAGCCAGAUGAUCAAGGUGUCCCUGCAUCACCUUUCACUCUCAUAUGUGGAAAGCUUUGUAAUGAAGAAGAAGAUGGAGACCUGAGUUUGUCAGAUCUGUUGUGUACUGAGAGCAUAGAACAGAUGGACCUAGAGGAUGAGGAAGAUAUCCCCAGACAGAAUCAGAGUACUCCAAACCACAGAAGAAGCCGACUACAGCAGAAAGAAAAGGAGGAGAAAUCUCGUGGACGUAGUAGAAGUUUAUCUGUGGACAAACAAGGCUCUAAGGAGAAGAAGUGCAGACGUCAGUUAGAGAAGAGUUUUCAUGAAGAGAGAAAUAUGGAAGAAGCUCAUUCCAGUGGAGCUGAUUCACAGAAAGAAAAUGAUGGUUAUGCCAUGUUCUGUCAACAUCUGGUUCUGGCUGAGGAUUCUUACCCUGUGUGGAAUGAAGUGCCAGAACCAGACCUUUACAUUAACAUGGAAUCACUGAAAAACAGCCAAUCAGAUUUCAGUAGCUGGAGCAGUCAGGAGGUGCAUGUCAACCAAUCACAAGAUACACCCGAGGUUAAUCAAGUGGUUCCUGGAUCCUCCUACUUCAGUCACCUUGAUCCACCCCCCAUGUCACUCCCUGUUCAGGUCGAAUUCCAAUCUCAUAAACUGAAACAUGAGGACCAAGGCAAUGACACAGGGUUCUUUGCUAUCAGUGAUGACUCGAUGCUACACGAUCCCUACAUCAAAGGAUCCGAGUCUGCGUGGGAUUCUCAGGUGGUGCCGGAGUAUAACUACCUAUUCUAACUGGUACAGACUCCAGUCUCCAGAUUCUAUAAUGACAAUUAACAGAUAUCAGUCUGAAGCAUUACACAGGUGGAACUAAGAAAGAAAGUCACAGUACAUUGAAAAAUAACCAACAGAGGCAAGGUAUACAAGAUAAAUAAAAAAUGUUAAACAGAUUGCUUUUAAGUAUUAGCAAUUUUUAUCGAGCUCUAAUGAUAGCUAGUAACUGGAGAAAAUAUUAAAGUAAAAAGUACUUUGUUCCUGAUACUUUCAAUGCAUAACAUUUAAAUUGUAGUCAUGACUUAUGAAUUUAAUUAUUUUCAUGUGUGUUAGAGAUUUUUUGUCAUCAAUAUUUCAUAACUAAUUUCUGAAUUGUACAAACCAUUAUGCUUUAAAUUUUGAAUGUUUUUGAAUUGAUCUCAUAUAGGGACUAAUAAUUAGCCAGACAUUGUGUUUUAAACAACCAGUGAUGGGAAUAUAACAUUUGUUCUGGGUAGUCAUUGUUUAUUGUAGUAAAUGUUUAUUUAUUUAUUUUGCUUGUUCUUCCCUCAGUGACAGAGGAAUUUUUACAUUUUGUUCUUUUGUAAUAAAACUAAAAAUGAC